GAUAACGUGGGUUUUCCCGCCUCUUAAUGCUACUUUUCGUAUCUGUUUACAGCAGAGAGUCUAUUUCAUUUACUCGUCCACGGGGUGCGACUCACUUCCAUGCUAUAUCAUCUCUAUUAUCAGGAUUCACAUCAAGUACUAGAAAGCCUCGCAGUCAUUCACGGUGACUGCCUGGCCGUGUGAAGAACGUCUCUGCUAUAUCAUCUGUACAAUCAAGUUUCAGAUUAAGGUAAGUGCCUGUGGUAUUUUCGUUGCUGUAGGUUGAAGGUUGAAACACAAUGGCAAGCGGUGGAGACAGACAGAACAAUGGGACAGACUCACAGUCAACAAAUGGUGGUCCGUCGGGUAUGGCAGAAAUCGGCAAGCUCGUGUCUGCAGUACAAGCUUCGUCUGACACAACUAUUGUGAGGAUUGGCCAAGUACGUGGGAAAAAUGUUGGCAGUACCGUCGCGUCUGUAAUGGGAGGACGAACUACUUUAUCAGAAGGUACUAAAUACAUUGAAGCAGCACAGAUUGGCGGCACAACGGAAGGAGGUGGAAUAGUGACUGCAGCAAUAGACCACACUCUCGUGAUUCCACCUGCUGCUGCCGCUGAUGAACGAGAUGAACCAUCCGGACGGGUUCAAGCUUCGUCUGGUCCAAAGAUUGUAAAGAUUGGCCAAGCAGGUGGGAUAAAUGAUGGCAGUACCGUCAUAGCUGCAUUGGGAGGGCAAACUACUUUAGGUGAAGAUGCUACAUACUUUGAAGCAGCACAGACUGGGGGGAUAACCAGAGGAGGUGGAACAACGGCUGCAACAAUGCACCACAAUAUCGUGACUUCAUCUGCUGCUGCGGCUGCCGCUGCCGCUGAACAAGGUGAACCAUCAGGACGGGGUCAAGGUUUGGAGCGUAAGGUUGAUCAACUCACCUUUGGCAAUGGAAAGACAGGAGCCCUGCUUUUAUCUGGGGCCGGCACAGCCUCCGACAUAAAAGUAUAUAAGGGAGAUGUGGAACUGAUGAAGACAUUAUUGACAAGUGAGAAGAUUGGACUGAGCGAGGACCUAGUGUUCUCAGUAUGGCCAAAACCAGGCUCUGUAAAACAAACAACUAAGAAGCAAACAGAAAAGGCUAUUGGUGACCUCAAAGAGGAACUUGAAGACUCUGAAGAUAACAACUUCAUUUUCUACUAUUCUGGUCAUUUCAGCAAAACACAUCAGUUUAAGGUGGACACAAGGGCUGAUCCAUCUCAGGACUAUUAUAAAGAUGAAGAUCUGGCCCGUAUGCUGCUGACAAUUCCUGCCAAGCAUGUUCUGUUGAUUCUGGACAUGUGCUACAGUGGCAGAGCCAAUGUCGGAGCGAAGGAUGGAGAUGAACUUCCAGAAACAAAGGGUGUUGGAGACGAAGAAGAAUUAGAUGCAGUUCCUCGGUUGUGGGAAUGUAUGACCAUCAGAAAAGGUCCUCAAGAAAAGGGUGACCCCGUAAAGGUUGUCCAGUGGUCUUCUUCACUUGCCGACGAGAAAUCAUAUAAUCUGCAGUCAAGCUUCUUUACUAAAGCCAUCGUAGGUGUUGUCACUGCACUGAAUACGAAUAGCGAGGUUAUGAAUGAGUUAGACCGUGGGCAAACCCAUGCUACUGUCCUACAGGUGCACGGGCAGGUAAUCAAACAUGUCUAUGAUGCUCUCGAGAAAUACAAAGAAGUGCAGCAACCAAUUAUCAAGCCCGAUAAUGCUGAUACAGAAUACUUCAAAAGCUUCCCUGGUUUUGCUGAAGUCAAUUGAACGGAUAAAAAAUCUGAUAAACUUUAGCAAAACAGUUUAGAACUUUUCUCUUUUAUUUUCACAGAUACUAACUUUAACCAUUUACUGCUUAGUAUGGCAACUUGUAUGUCUUGUAUAUCUCUAUAGUUUUGUUUUUUCACAUCUUAUCAUACAAAUGUCACUUGCUUUCACGUUUGAUGAAUUGUAAAUAAUACAAACUAUCCAACCAUGUUCCACUAUCUUGAACCAAGGGUCACACAUUGAUAAUCAGCAUCGGACUUAAUCGAUGACCAGUAUCCCUUAAGCCAGGGUGCAAUACAUUUAGCUCUAUUUUAGGCUGUGCCUGUAAUUUCACAUUGGUCCAACAUACAUUCGUGGCAUACAUGCAACUGGUCAUCCUUCCACAGUUUAUCAUUAAUGUUUCAGACACAUUCAAACCGUUGGUGUCUGUGGAACUUGUCAUACUAUAUAUGGUUUCUUUCUAAAAUAUUCACAGGUACUGCUGUUAAUAACAGAUCACUUCCAUUUCUGUUCAACCUUACAACGCUGCUUGAAUAUGUAUUAUGACUAUGUAAACUGUAUAUGCCUAUCUGUGUCACUGCCAGAAGGAUAACAAUAUGGGUGAACAACUUCUUUAUUAUUGUACUGGAAGCGGCGUUUCUGUGUAAGUUGAGCGCUUUUGCUCUCACUGGAAUAAAGAAGUUGUUCAGCCAUAUAUUGUUAUCCUUCCUUACUGCUCCAGUUUCUAAAUGGUAUCAACCUGUCUAAUUUUAAAAACACGUAAACAGUAGCAAUUAGACGACCCAGGCAUAGUCAGGGUUGAGUGACGUUGCUCGUUAGAUGAAGUAGGCAUGUGGACCAAUGCAUUUCAAACUUAACAGGGGUGUUGCCACA